ACUUCCUUCCUCUGGAAUGUGAUGCGUGUGGGGGAGUCUUCUGUAAAGAUCACAUCCGUUAUGAUGACCACAAGUGUAGCUCUGCCUACAAGAAAAACGUGCAGGUUCCAGUGUGUCCACUCUGUAACACCCCUAUCCCAGUACAGAAGGGGGAAGUACCAGAUAUUGUGGUUGGAGCCCACAUGGAUCAGGAUUGCAAAUACAAUCCAGCCCAGCAAAAGCAGAGGAUCUUCACAAACAAGUGCUUAAAGCCAGGCUGCAAAAGGAAAGAGAUGAUGAAAUUAGUCUGUGAACAGUGCAGUGGCAACUUCUGCAUAAAACAUCAGCAUCCUCUGGAUCAUGACUGUAAAGGGAGCAGCCACCCCACCUCCAAGGCAGGAUAUGCAGCUCCGACGAGAACCUCUCAAACAGCCUUCAAGUCAAAGGGAUCGAUUGGAGUGCCACCUAAUGGGAGUCUUCAGCACAACAGGUACGAGCUGUAGAAGGAGAGAGACAAGCAGUUUAAAAAUAGUCUUGUGUCAACAUGGUGUAGGAGUGCCACAAUCAUACCUCUGACUGCUCUGGAGUUGAUAGUUGACCUUUAA